CUCAGACAUUGCUACCCGAUGGGACUGAAAACACACAUACAGACCCUUUUAUAGAAAGUGCAGUCCCUGUUAAAGAUAAUGUUGCUGAAACAGUAACAAUACCCCACCCAGCCGGGCACAAAGAUGACACAAAACUGCUUACCAACCCUGAUCUGAAAUCAGGAAUGGACACAGUGACACUAACAGAAACACACAAUAUACCAGACAGUAAUUCACAAGCUCAUACAGAUCAUCAUUUGAAACCUGCCACAGAUUCUAGUAAGCCCACAGACUUACAGCAUAAACAAAACACUAAAUCAAAUACACACACAGAAAAACUGAACCAUUUCGAGACAAAUAGAGGCAUACAUACUGAUCCACAUCAGAAAGUUCACAGUGAACCAACAGACCAGAGAGACCAUCAUUUUCAAACAGUAAAAGACGCUGACAAACAUACUGACUCUGUCCAGAAAUCUAACAGAGAGUCAAAACCGAGUAAAGACCCAACGGUAGAAACAGUAACAGACACCAACAAACAGCCUGACACACAGCACAAGGUAGAGAGAGUGCCAAAACCCAAGACAGACCCUCACAUGCAAGACAUUGCUAAACAGCCUGACCCACACUACAAAGAAGAGACUAAGGCAACACCCCAGGCAGACUCUAAGGUUGAAACAGUAACAGACACUGACAAACAGCCUGACACACACCACAAGGUAGAGAGAGUGCCAAAACCUAAGACAGACCCUCACAUGCAAGACAUUGCUAAACAGCCUGACCCACACUUCAAAGAAGAGACUAAGGCAAAACCCCAGGCAGACUCUAAGGUUGAAACAGUAACAGACACUGACAAACAGCCUGACACACACCACAAGGUAGAGAGAGUGUCAAAACCCAAGACAGAUCCUCACAUGCAAGACAUUGCUAAACAGCCUGACCCACACUUCAAAGGAGAGACAAAGGCAAAACCCCAGGUAGACUCUAAGGUUAAAACAGUAACAGACACCGACAAACGUACAGAUACACACUUCAGGGUAGACGGAGGUGCAACACCGCAAACAGACCCUCAUACUACAGUUGCCAACAAGCAGGGAGACACCACACACCACAAAGACAGUGAGACAACUCCACAUACAAACCCUGGUACAAAAACAGUCCCCAACAGACAGACAGAUACACUGCCCAGAGUGGACAGUGGAACAAAGCCACAUACAGAAACUCGGUCACAAAAGAUGACAAAUACUGACAGACACAAAGAGACACAUAAUGUUGACAGUGCUGCAACGCCACAUACAAUCCAAAAUACACAACCAGUAAAAGGAACCAGCGAACAUGCCGACGCAGACCACAAAAUAAAAAGUGCGGCCACACCACUUACUGACCCUCAUGCAAACAUAGUGACAGACACUAACAAACAUGCACCUACACCACACAGAGGUAACCCAAAUACAGACCCUCAGUCACCAACAGUGACAAACACUGACAGACACAUGAACACACAUCCCAAAGCAGAUCCUAGUGCAAAACCACAUGUUGACCCUGUUGUCACACCAGAAACAGACCCCCACAAAAACAAACACUCCGAUGCAUACCAUCAGGCUGAGAGUGGGGUCACACCACAUGAAGACCCCCAGGUAAAACAAGUGCCAAACGCACAGCAACAUAAUGAAAUACACCACAAAGUAGUAGACGAGACAAAACCAGCCAGUACCGACACUAAUGUACACAGAAAUCUUGACUCUGCAGUGAAGGACAACAGCCAAAGGCAAUCAAGUGUAGAUCCAGAAGAUGCCCAUGAUGUUGGUGAUGUGUCAGAAACUCAUAUCUACUCUCUAAACAGCCCACAGACUCUUUCAGACUCAUCUACUAAAUCUAUAUCAUCUACUAAAUCUAAUACAAGUGAAAACACGAUCGUACAAUCAGAUAGUAAACAUCAUAUGGAAAGCCACGGAGUACCGGUACCUGUACAUUCAAACACACUCAGCUCUAACACAAAUACACCCUCUGGUAUAGUAACAGCCAGUGAUAAACCAGAUAUACCACUAUCUUCCAAAGUCGAACCAUCCGUGGAAGCAUCUUUUUCAAACCCAAAAGAUCGCACUAAGGUUGUCACCACCCCAGAAACUGGGAGAAUAAUUCAAGACACCAGAUUGACAGAAGCUGAUAAAGUUGGAGACGAUCCCAAAGAAGUUCCUCCAACUGACUUGGAUGCAAUUACAAGUCAAGCAGCUAAUGAAAAACUAACCUCCAAAGCACAGCCUCCUACAGAAUCUCCCAAGAUAACUCCAAAGUCCGAGGAUUUCACCAAUCCCAAAACACAAUCUGAGACUGAAACAGUAGAUAACAGUCGUCAGCAUCUGAAGCAAAAUCCUGAGGCUGUUUUUGAAGAAGCACGUAUCAGUAACACUGAGGCUCUAAAACAAAUCCAGCCAGAUGACUUUAAAAAAGUUUCUGUUGGCACACCUGAUUCAAGCAUCGAGCCAACAAAAAUACAGCAAAACAGGCCUGAAGAUACCAAAGCUGAAACACAAACUGUAAGAAGUAUCCCAGAUAACACGGCAUCUGAAACUGGAAAAAGUGUUGAGGAUUUGGAAGAGAAGCCAUCAAGUGGUUCUAUUAAAUAUAACAGUGGAGCAGCUGUCAACAAGCCAGCCUCUGGAGAGGAGUCUCUGGCUAAAGCACCUGAGACAGUCCUCUCAGUGGAUUCUAUCGAACAAGGAACUCAAGCUAGCAACACAGUUCAACAUUCCAAAGUGUCAGAACCUGAUAUAUCAACUUUACCAGCUCACUCUGAACAAGUUCGCACAGACAGUGAUUCAUCCUCGGACAGAUAUACCUUGAAAAUUACACCCCUACCAGAAACGUCUUCAUCAAAUAAGAAACCUCACAUAGAACAGCAUAUAACUUCUGAAACACUAGGCCAGAAUACCAUUCCAGGGGAUGAUUCAGACUCUGAAAAUGUGGUUGGAGGCUCUAGGCAAAGCAAACCAGACCAACCUAAGACAGAAUCUUUUGUUAGUGAUGUAGCCCAGGACAAACAUGUUUCUCGGUCGGUUGGUGGUACAGAAUCUUCGGUUACCAGCAGCGAGCCUAGACAUAAUUUACCAGAUGACAAAGUGUCUGACUCUGGUAAGCCUGAGGAACACAUCGAGCAAGUCCCUCAUGAUAAACCUCAACCAAAGGCUGUCAGUGAUAGUAAAACACAUGCUGACAGUCCAUCAUCAACCUUCCCAAGACAUGAAUCCCAAGACAAUGAAGAGGAACUCAGUGAUGAGAUGAAAGCACUCCUGGCAUACAAGAUUAAGCCGAAAUCUAAACGACUGCGUGUGGUUCACGAUGUCGUCAAUGACGAGGAAGAUUUUCUGGGUGGUAUUUUCAGUGCCCGGGAACAUCAAAUGAAACGCUCAGACGACACCACAGAAGAUGACAAAUCAGAUGAAGAAUCCAGGAAGCGCUCAGAAGCCACGCAUCGCAAAGGAGACAAGACGGAUGAAGAGGGCAAUGACUUGGAUCGAGCAGAGAAGGUACAACCUCUCGGAGACUUGAACUACAGCCCGCGGAAGAUAGAGAUCGACUGGAUGUUAUUUGAACAGCAGCGCAUCACCGCUUCCAUACCAGAUAAAGAGAAGGAGAGAGUCUUGGGGAGGAAGAGGAGAGAGAGGCGUAUUGAGACUGAGUUGGAAGUCAGAGAGCAUGGUGACCAGAUGCGAGGUGACUACGGAGAAAUCAGUGUAGAAGAGAAAGAGGAAGAAAAGGGAGAUCAGAGUAAAGAGGAAAAGGAGGUACAGUCAGACAAGAAUGAGUACGGGAGAAUGAUGCUUUCCAACUAUAAGAGUCCUGGGAAGAGUCCAGAGGAUGAUAUUCUUAGCAAAGAGAUGAGAGGUGAUCUUCAACAAACUGAUUCUGAGGGAGAAAGCGUCUUGACGGCUGAUGCUGGCUCUUCAAGUCCCCCAAGAUGGGAUCAAUUUAGCAAAGGAAUUGAUGAUGAAGACUUAACAUCAGAGGAUUUGGUUGGGUCAACCGGUAGGACUGUCACAAAGUCCAAGCCAAAGGCAGUUAUAGGCAAGAGGAAAGGUUCAAAUGAGGAGUCUGAGGACAGAAAUCAAGGUCAAACAGAGCAACAACAGCCACCAAGCAGUGAACACACCAAGUCAGAUGGUGAUCUCCAUGAAAUCGACAAAAACCCUGAAACAACACAUGAAGAAUCAGAACAGCAAUCCAGCAAGGAGCGUAAAAAUGAACAGGAUGCAAAUCAAGAUAUCCAAGUCAUCGAUGGAACUACUCUCCACGCCUCAGAUCUAGAGCCUACCCCAUCUUCCCAAGAAACGGCUCCAACCAUCAUGCCCACCCCCACCCCUCCACCUACACAGUUACAAGACAGGGAACCAGACCCCACGAGCAGUACGCCUGGCGCCAGCCUCAACCCAACACGGUCCACCGGCCAAGCAGACCCGAACAGAAACCAGGAGCAGGCUGGGGAGAAUUGGCGAUUGGUUCAGCCUGGCCAGGGCAAUAUCUUGCAACACAGUGACAUAGCAGAUCAACAUCAAAAAUUCCUCCAAGAGGCUGAAAAUUAUAUGAAGUCAAGGAAGAAUACCAAGGAUGCACCUUCAAUGACCGAUGUUGUCAAAGGUAUUAUGAGGAAGGGAGUGAUGAGCAACGAAAAAGAGAAACAAAAAGCAACUGGAGAUAACAACACGGCUGAUAAAGAAGACGAAGACGAAGACGCUGAAAAAACAAAUGAACCUGUUGAUCAAGCAAAAGCCGAGAAUCCAGCAGCAAAAGGAGAUAUAGUCCUCCCUUCAGCUCCUGACUUGAACCCCGAAAAAGUCAAGGAGUUCUUUGAAAGGAUGAUAGAGCUUCCUCAUUUCAAGAAUGACCAUGACGCAGCCCUGGCAGAGCUCAAUAAGUACCUGGAAUCUCAAGAUAGGAGGAUAGGUCUGAUGAAGGAUGACUACCAGUUCAAAUUGCGGGAGCAGCUAGAAGCUGAGAAACAAGAGCAGUCGGACGACGAAACACAAGAAGGAAACCAAGAAAGUGGUGAUACAAUAUCAGAUGCCGACACUCUUGAGCAAGAUCACUUUGAGUCUGGAAGAGAAAUGCUGAAGGAAGAAGCGUCAUCAGAUGACGUCUUGCAAGAUGGAGAGAGUGAUCAGAAAGAAAUACCAAACAAGGAUGACGCAGAUCCAGUAAAGGUGCUUCAAGCUGAGGAAGGGCCUGUAGGUGCUGGUUCAGAAGACGAUUUCAAGGAAGAACCAGAAAUAAGAGUAGAAUCACCAGGACAAGUAGUCAGUGAUCCAGCAGAGUUCUUGCAACAAGAUGGAGAACCAGUAGAAGGCUUGGAUGGUCAUUUAGAGGAGCCGGAGUUAAAAGUAGAAACGCCCGUCGAAGAUGCAAAUGAUCCAGCGAAGCUGCUACGACAAGACGGAGAUCCAACAAGUGACGGAGAAGGUGAUAAUUUCAAGGAAGAACCCAAAGUAGAGGUCGAACCUCCAGUGACAGAGCAUUAUGAUCCGGCAAACCUAUUGCGACAAGAUGGAGGUCCAACUGAUGAAAGUGUAGAUGAAUUAGCUAUACGUCAUAUCCGGGAGGAGGAAGAGAGAAAAGUGAAAGAGAUACAAGAAAAGGAGGAUAAUAAUCCUCAAGUUGCCAAGCCAGAAGGUGAGGAGAAAGAACCUGAAAUUCAGGAUGACAGAGAACUGAAUUGGGAACCAGUUCUUUCAUACCAGGAAAUCUUUAAACAGAGAGGUCAAGAUGAAGCUUCCAAAGGUGAAGGAACGGACCAUGAUUCAGAAGAAUUACCACGUGAACCAAAUCUAAAUACCAAGCCAAAUCUUGGGGUACUGGAUCAGGAACAGGGUGAAUUUGAGGUGGCAGAAGAACCAAGAACUGAAAUAGAUUUUGAUGCUGUGCCCGAAGAAGCUGGUCAAGAUAAAUAUCCGGAAAAGAAAGUAUUGGAUAUCAGUCACAAAGGUCCAUCAGGGGUAGAGUCAAAAGAAACAAAAGAUGAAGCAAUUGGACUUGGGAAUAGAGAGGAUAACCACAAAUCUGAGGGAACUAAUCCAGAAAGUGAGCAAUUUGAUGUCAACAACAAUGAGUUUCCUCCACAAGAGUCAUCCAGAACAGUUCAGUUUGACCCAGAUAUUAAAGAAUUGCUGAAUGAUUUUGAUCUGAUGGAUAGUACUGGAAGUGAUGAGAAUGGAAUUCAAGACAUUGACCAUGUGUCACAUGAGACGACCACCGAGCCAAGUGUAUCCCAUGAUGCACUAGAGCCACCAUCACCCAUCGACCCAAACCUAGAACGGAUACACAACUUGGAGGAUACAGCACCAACUCCUGUAGAACAACCAGCAGCUAGCACACCACCACCUCCUAUGGCAUCCAAUCAAGAGGACUCACAACCCGCCAUUAAUGUUGAUCAACAGGGCCAUAAACCAUCCAGCGCAGGGAUGGUAUUUGAAGGUGGUAACUCCAAUGUACAUCCUGAGAUUGAGGUUGCAGUUCCUGGUGAUGAGGAUGUCAGAGAAGUUCCCAACAGAUUCAACAGAAGGCAGGUGCCGUUGGGACUAGAAGACGAUGAGACGCUUUCUGAUACCAUGAAUGCAACGUAUGAUGAUUGGUCUACAGCCGGAUUCAACAUGAUGAAACCACUACUGCUAGCGGUCAACACAUCACUCCAACCACUCGUCCAAAUGUUACCAGAUGAUGUUCAAGUCGCUCUCCAUGGAGCUGAUUUCUUGGGCAUUCCUUGGCCCAUUGUCAUCAUUGUUGAACUCAUCAGCUGUGCUGUCUUCUCAUUCCUCCUCUGUGUUUGUAUAUGCAGCUGCAGAAACCCAAAAGCAUUUAAUGCGUCCAUGCUGGAUGAGAUAGAAGCUCUCCAUGGUCAGAAAGCAGACAUCUUAGACACGUUGGAUAUGACCACGAGUCAGUUCCAAUCUCAGAAUCGGCAGUUUUACGAGCUGAAACAGAGCAUUGACAAGACCUCACAGGAAAAAAAUGACAUGAUGCAAUCCUGCACUGACUUGAAAGACAAGGAGCGAAAACUGCAGAAAGAGUUGAAGACCAAACAAUCAAUAGUCACCCAACAAGAAAGCAAGCUGAAAUCAACUCAAGAACAGGUGGAUCUGUACGAGGAACAGGUUAGCACAGCCAAUCAGACGAUAGCUGCCUUACAACAACAGGUGCUAGAUCUUAAGGAUAGCUUGCACUUCAGCAGCAAUAACAUGUCUGCGUUACAACACAAGGUCCAGUCAUUGUCUGAACAGAAUCAGCUGUUGACAUCAGCAAAGGAACAACUGACGGAAGAAGUAACGGGCUGGAAUGAGAGGGUUUCGGAGAUGAAUGAGCAAGUGGAGCUUCUUCACAAUGAGAAAAAGGACCUCGAAGAAUCAGUGACAUUCAAAGACAAUGAAAUUGAGGUCUUGAAAGACUGUCUACUACAGCUGAAAGGACUACAGAGCACGGAGGAGGAUGACACAGAAGUUGAUAAUGAAGCCAGGGUACAGCAACUCAUGGAUGUAACAAGAGUGAGUGCCAAGUUGUCUCUUGUGGAAAGUGAAAAGAAUGAAGUCGAGGCCAAGUAUGAGGAAGAAGUCAAAGGGAGACGAGAACUGGAAGCCAAGAUUGGUUCCCUCCAACAAGACGUAGACACAGCCCAGUCUAACUACAAGCAGGCAAAGAGCAGCUUGAGUGAGGCACAGACGAAGCUAGACGUCAUGACGGAAUACUUCAAGAAUAAAGAGGUGGAUUUACAGAGGAAACUUGGCCGUGAAGAGGCUCUGAGGCUACAGAGUGAUUCCAAGCUAGAGACUGCCGAUGGUAAAGCAGCAUCAGCAGAAGUUGAGGUUACCAACUACAGGACUCAGAUCAGAGAUCUGAAAGAGGAACUGGAAAAAGCUGAGAGGAAUUUCAGAAAUCAAGUUGCAGCUCAUGAGAAGAAAGCACAUGACAGCUGGAUUUCUGCCCGGUCUGCGGAGAGGGAACUUCAGGAGGCAAAGAGAGAAGCCGCCAAUCUGAGACACAGAUUGACGGAGCUUGAGGGUCGACGAGCUAAAACUGAAACAGCUCCCUUAUACAAACCAUCCCCAUCUGGACGUGAGGGGAGCCCACAGCCCUUAAAGCAAGGCACCGGUGCACCUAGCAGGAAUAGUCUUCUAGCAGACACCCCUUCACCACCCCACCUUGACCCCGGCAGGCCCCUAUCCCCACGUCGACCCAGCUACCCUGCUGACCACCCCUCCUCACCCCCAUUGGACGGCAACAUGGACCCCUACCGACGCACCUCCAGAUCUGGCAGGGAUUCUGGACCACACCCACCAUUCCCUGAUGAUAGACCGCCGCCACCACCCGACAUGCGUAGAGACAUGGACUUCCCACCGAUGGGUAGAGCGCCCCCACAUGGUCGUCACUCCCGCGGUCCCCCAAUGCCAGAUAUGGACUACGACCCUCACGAUAUGAGAGACAUGAGUCCUGGCCCGCCUCCAGAUUUCCGAUUUGACCCCCAUGGGCCACCACCACCAGAUAUGGAUUUUGAUCCUCAUGGCCCGCCCCCUUUUGGUGGACCCCCACCCCCUCUACGACACCCCUUUGCUCCGAGAGACUUCCCCCCUCAUCCAGAUGACUUCGACCGUCGAGGACCUCCAAUGGAUGACCGUGAUUUUGGCCCCCCACCCAUGGAUGACCGUGAUUUCAGGGGGUACGGACCCCCACCCCCUGGAAUGGACUUUGGUCCCCGUGGCCCACCGCCACCUGGACCUAUGCAUGGUCCGGGGCCCUAUCCAAAUGACAUGGGGCCACCGCCCAUGGAUAGACCCCCUCCACCUAUGGGUCCACAUGGACCUUCACCAGGCCCAAGAAAUCCAGGUAUAAGACCAGGCAGUCGUGGUCCCUUCCCCCCUCCUGCUGGAGCCCCGCCCCCAGGAGGGUUCCCACCGAGUGGUCCGUCGUUUGGUACUCCAUCAGGAUCACACAGAACAUCAACGCCAUUAGAGGGGACGCCAGUCACACCACAGACUAGGCCCAGCUCCAGACCAAUGCAAGGACCAUGAAAGCAUUAGGUACUUCAAUAAACUGAUUUUAUGCACACACACAAGAAUAACAAUACAAAAUCUGACGUGGAAAACUACAGAAAAUGUGAACUCAAUUUUGCAUUAGCUUGUGUAAAUAACUGUAGCGACCAAGUCUUAUGCAUUUCUCAAGAAAAGAGAAAGAUGUAUCUUCUUUUGGAUUUCUCGUCAAAAGAUGGGUUUUUACGAACACUGUUUCUACUUAAAGCUGUCGAUUGGUGUAGAUAAAAUGUAAUUUGUAGAACUUCCGACACUUCCCUCUAACUUCUUGCAGCUUUAUUCCAUUCCCAUUAUAAAGUGAUCAUAUCAAACAUUUUACCCCCUUUUUUCAAGUAACAAGAUACAAAACUAGGAUUUAUUAAAAAAACUGUGAAUAAAUAAAAUUGCUACAAGUAAAUGACUGAGAUUUUUGAUUUACCUUAAAUUGUAAUUAUUUUAGUUGCCCCUUCCCCAACCCUGAAAUAGCAGCUACGUGUAGAUUAUGUAUUCAAAGUAAAGCAUUUUGUUUUAAAAAAUUUAUCAUGAUUAUUAUUUUGUCUGUUUAUUACUUUUACAGGUUUGUUUUCCGUGCACGCAUUUAAAAAUACACCUUUUAUUCAAUCUGAUUGAUAGCUUUGAAAGUAAGAUAAAUAUUGCCAACUCGUAUAAUCGAAUGUAUGAUUCUGAUUUUAUUUUUGGAGGCCCUUUUUCCAUUCUGCUCAAGCUUUGCACAAAAUUAAAAUUCUGUUAUUAAAUUUAAAAGUUUGCAAAAGCUCUGAUAUCCGGGAUUCAGUAUCUGAUAUUCUAGUUGUGAGAAUGAAAAGGUUAAGUCAACUGAGAUGGUCCCAUUAAUGAUUAUAAUCCCGGUGGUCAGGGGUAACACAUAGUGAUGUUAUGUGUUGCAUUCUGAUAGUAAAAUGGUAACAUUUAUGUCAAAAGAAAAUAAUGAAGCAGUGCAGGCUUUUCUGUUUUAAAAGACAAAAAUCUGAACUCGCCCUUAAGUAUGUUUGCUCCGAGUAAUAUUCUGUAAACAGAAAUGAUCACCAGAUUGUAGCUUUGAAUAAGUAGCAUUUUGGAGCAGGGCUCAGAUUAGUGCAAUAAAUAUCAAUGAUUACAUUGUAAUACAGAGAAGACUA